AUGAGAUUUCAAUCCCUUAGUCUCCUCUUCCUUAUUUUGUUUGCUUCUGCCACUCUGAAUCAAGCUAUACCAGGCGGUUGGACUCCAAUAAAGAACAUCACUGAUGCAUACGUGAUUGAAAUAGCCCGUUUCGCAGUUGUCGAGUACGACAAGCUAAAAGGAGAAACAUUGGAGUUUGAUAAACUUAUCAAAGGUGAAUCACAGGUGGUUGUAGGGACCAACUACCACCUUACUCUUUCUGCCAAAUACGGUUCAUCUUCUUACAAUUAUGAAGCCGCUGUGUGGGAUCAUCCAUUGAAGCACUUAAGGAACCUCACUUCCUUUAAACGUGCUUGA